AAUAUGUAUUGUGUUGCCAAAUUUGAGCUUGAAUUGAGCCGCCACCAGACAACCUGAUUUUGCUCGGUCAAAAUGAAUCUUUUCUUCAUCGUCAUUUUAUCCCUCUGUGUAACUUUUACCUACGAACAUGGCGGACCGCACGAAGCGAAAAAACAUGAUGAUGAUGCGGAAAUUCAAACGGUGAUAAGUUUUGCAAUGCGAAAAUUGAACGAUAUAUCGAACAACUACUAUCGCUACAUGGCGCUGACAACUCUCGUUACAGCGAAACAGGUCGGGAAAGGAAUAAAAUAUUGUGUCGCUGUCGAUGUUGGUUCGUCCAGCAAAUGUUCCAAACAGUCAACGAAUGUUCAUGCAACAUUAAAGGAAUGCCCUGUUGACACGAAAGAGAUGGAAUGUCGUUUUCUCGUGUCGAAGCAGAUGUUUUCAGGUGAAGAUCAGUUGAGGCUACUUGAUCACAAGUGUUCCACUGAAGACCAUCUCACUUGUGACGGAGAAUCAAAGUCUAUUUUCGCCAAAAAUGUCAAGGACGAUACACUUGUGUGAUGAAGAUAACGAAACCUCCCUACAUUGUGAUUAUGUUGUCUUUUUUAAUAUUUUUCCACCCAGAAACCUAUAUAACUUUAAUCUUUCAGUGUGUAUGACUGUAAUCUUCCAUACUAUAUAACUGUGAUCUUUCAGUGUAUAUGACUGUAAUCUUCCAUAGUACAUAACUUUAAUCUUUCAGUGUGUAUGACUGUAAUCUUCCAUACUAUAUAACUGUGAUCUUUCAGUGUAUAUGACUGUAAUCUUCCAUAGUAUAGAACUUUAAUCUUUCAGUGUA